AGAGGAACCCCCACCCCCCUUUCCCUUCCAUUAUUCGGCCAACCCACAAGAGAGGAGCAAGAAGGAGCUCUCAACCCAUCCUCCAUUUUUGCAGCACAAGCUCAAGCUUAAGGAGUCCAAAGAAGGGGUUUUGGGAAGGAAAAGUUGGGAGAAAGUGAGAAAGAUUAAGGGACUUGAUAUAGAGUAUCUUUGAGCUUCGCCGGAGUUUCGCCAGAGUUGGUCAAAGUUGGCCGGAGUUGGUCAAAGUUCACCGGAAUUAGUCCAAGUUCAACCGCGGAGCGUAGAACACGCUUAAGCUCACUUAAGUUUCAGGUAGGGAGUAGAGCUUGCUACUACCGCUCGUUGCUUCGGGAAUUCAAGGAGGAAGGCGGGAAAUGGAGCCAACCGGAAGGGUCACUAGGAGGAACCCGACAGGCCGCGUACCGGAUGGAUCCGAGCGCGGUAGCCGGGGGUCCACUAGGGGAUCAAGAGGAAGGGGCCGUGGAGGCCAACGUCAAACCGUGAGCGAUGGCCAUGUCGACACGGAGAGUGAGACCUAUUGGUCUUAUGAGGACUCAACCUACCGGCCGGAAACUGAGCCGGUUGAGACCCCUUAUGAAGGGGAUGAUGAUUAUGUGAGCGACGAGGAGGAAAGUGGCUCCUUGGCUCGGAUCGAAGCGUUGCUCCAACAAUAUCAUCGGGAGCGCGAGGAAAGGAGGGAACGCCGAAGGCGCCGUGCAGGGCAACCUUCGGGUGGGGCUCCAAGAGGAAGGAGCUAUGGUGAUUCAAGAACCCAUGUGGAAGCGCAUGGGAGUCGAGGUGAUGGAGGUCCAACCAUAAGGAUCUCCAAAUACAUCAAAGAGGCGAGGGACUUGGGGUGCAAACCGUUCGAUGGGACGGGGGACAUCUCGGUGGCCGCGCAAUGGAUCAAGAGGCUGAACGAGGCGGCCCUUGACAUGCAACUCACCCCCGAUUUCAAACUGAGAAUCGCGGUGAGGUUACUUGAAGGGUUGGCAUCCAAGUGGUGGGAUGGAACCAAGGGCAAGUAUGGAGGGAAUGUUACUUGGGAGGAUUUUCGGCAAGAAUUCUUUGCCCAAUACUACUCUGACUUUGAGGUAAAUGCCAAGGUGAGAGAAUACACUCUUCUAACCCAAGGGGGUAACAUGACGGUGAAAGAACUUGAGCACAAGUUCAGGGACCUUGCCGACCACAUACCGGAGUAUGCUUGUGAUGAAAACCGAAUGGUGAAUCACUUUUGGGAGGCCUUGGACUUGGAGAUACGUGAUAGGGCGACUCAAUUGCCCAACAUGACUUUCAGCCAAGUGGUUGCCCAAGGGUUGAAAGGAGAGAAGCAAUGGGAAGAGAGAAAGAAGAGAGACGCCGAUGAGGCGAAGAAGAGGAAAUGGGAGAACCAUGGCCCCCAAGGUUCUAACAAAAAGGGGAACCCUGGGGGAGGUGGAUCGUUCAGAGCACCGGCACCGCCAUCCAAGGGGAACCCGACCUUCAGCGGGCACAACUCGGGCUCCCAAGCCUCAACGACGCCCAGGUGCAGGAAUUGCAACAGGAGCCACGCCGGUAAGUGUCGUGAUCCACCACGGUGCUUCCAAUGCGGGAGCACAGGGCAUAUUAAACCAAAUUGCCCUCAACUUGGUGGGAACCGAGGGGCGGGAUCAAGCGGCGCCACCACGGCGAGUAGGAGCCGAACCGGGGCACCUCAUGCUAGUACGGGGCAAGGGGGAGCGAGCACGAGCAACGCGCCGUCCGUGAAUCAGGGGAGGUCUCAAGCACGGGUCUAUGCGAUGACCGAGGCCGACGCUCGGGCUAAUCCCGACUCCGUUGCAGCACAAGCUCAAGCUUAAGGAGUCCAAAGAAGGGGUUUUGGGAAGGAAAAGUUGGGAGAAAGUGAGAAAGAUUAAGGGACUUGAUAUAGAGUAUCUUUGAGCUUCGCCGGAGUUUCGCCAGAGUUGGUCAAAGUUGGCCGGAGUUGGUCAAAGUUCACCGGAAUUAGUCCAAGUUCAACCGCGGAGCGUAGAACACGCUUAAGCUCACUUAAGUUUCAGGUAGGGAGUAGAGCUUGCUACUACCGCUCGUUGCUUCGGGAAUUCAAGGAGGAAGGCGGGGUUCGUACUUCUCCUGUUUCUGUUUUGAAAACAAUUUAAAUAAUGCUCAUGGAUAUUAUUUCGAACAUUUAUUUGGGGGCUUGUAUGCCCGUGGUUGCCACGUGUGGCUUGAAUAUUUGUAAUUAUGUUUCCGCUGCUUAAUUAAAUAUUUUACGUUAUGAUUGUUUAUGGAUGUACUAUGUGUGAAUGGUAUUCAAGACGCCUAGUAUAGUAUGGAUGAGUUGGACUGCGGUUGACUAUUCGUACUGUACGGCGGGUUGUUGACGUGUCCGGUAGGUCCGGGGCGUGACAGUAACACUUAAAUGUGAUUAUAGCUGUAAUAAUCUGGUCA